AUGGAUGUAAUACAAUCACUUGGAAACUUCAGCGAAAAGCUUUAUAGGGAGAUUUUGAAAAGAAACAAGGGUUAUUUGGAGAAUACAUUUCUCUCCCCUUUCAAUAUCUAUACUGCCCUCGGAAUGAUCCUCUGUGGAAGUGCAAACAAUACGAAUGCUGAGUUGAUAAAAGCGAUGCAGUUAUCUGAUUGCUUGGAACAGGAAAUAAUCCACAGCGCGAUUGGUGAACUUCUGGCUGAUCUUUCGAAGUCUGAUGAGAGUGUUGAGAUAAUCACUGGAAAUAGAAUCUAUGUAAAUGAAGAUGUGCAGAUUGAGAAACGAUUUAGAAAUAUCAUCAAGCAGUAUUACAAUGCACUGACUGAGCAUGUUGCGUUUCAUAGAGAUCCUGAAUGUGCUCGAAAUCGAAUUAAUCAGUGGGUUAGUGAACAGACCAACGGAACAAUCCAGGAACUGAUCCCACGUGUGGCUAUAUCGCAAGAAACGUCAGCUGUUGUGCUAUCCACUACAUACUUUAAAGGUUUAUGGGGUCCACAUUUCCGUAAGGAGGAUUCACAUGACAGCGAUUUCUUCAAACUUGACGGAUCAACAAUGAACGUGAAGUUAAUGUAUAAUCUAUCCUGUUUCAGUAUGGUCAUCUUACCAGAUUUGGGAUCGCGAGCUAUCAAGAUACCGUUUAAAGAUCCGAAGUUCAAACCAAUCUGUAAACCAUUCUAUCAUCUUUAAUAAUAAUAAUCAUAAGUUGAACCAAUUAAAGUAUGAUCAGUUACAAUGAUUGAUGGAAUCAUCACUAAGAUACUUGUUACCAAUCAGAUCAACAAAUUCAAUUCACACCAUGCGCUCACUAGUGACUAGCUUCGUGAGAAAAUUAUCGGAAUUCUGGUGAGAAGCCGUGACCAGUGGAGUUAAUCCGUGUCAGAGAGAAACAGGUGUCUACCUCAGUACAAUGGAAGAUGGUCGCGCAAUUUCGUGGACUGGUUGAGGUUAGAAAUUAACACCACUGGAUUCUGGCUCAGUGGUCCAGUAGUUCAAGCGUUCUCACGAGAGACUGAAGGCUCUGGGUUUGAAUCCCGCGGGGUCGCGGGAACGCACUGUCGAGGAGUCCCUUAAUAGAACGGAACGGCCGUCCAGUGCUCCUAGGAUUUUAAUGGUGGUCUAUCAUCAAUCGGUUCAUGAUCUCAAUAAAAAACUUAACAAUCUCCACAACCCCUAUACUGAAAAUUCAAUUACAUAAUUUACUGUCAAAUUGAUUGUGUUUAAAUAUGAACAACCGUUUUGGUUUUAGGUUUGGUUGGUGAAACGAUAG